UUUGUAGGCGUCUGUUGUCCUAACGAUGGCGUAUACAGAAAAUUAAUUGACUGCUCUUCGUUAAACCUCCCCCUUCGUCUCCCCCCCUUCUUCCUCCUCGCCUUUACAUAGUUCUCAUCUCUGUCCAACAGUUCAUUUUCCGUCCACCGACUUGGCUAAUCCUUCUCAUCGGCGGCGAUUUUCGUCUCUCAGAUGACUCUACGCCGUUCAACAGCCGCAGAUUCACCAAUCUCUCACCGAUCACCUCUCGCCGUGGCUGGAACCGAUAACCACAAACGCAAACUCGACGAUUACGCCGCCGAUUACGGCCUUGACCUCCUCCAGAAGAUGAAACGGCACGAGGUCGACGCCGAUCGCAUCUCCCCGGCGUCGCAGCAGAAACCGUUGACGUCCGGUGAGAAUUACCGGUCUCUGUACACUCCCGGCGAGUGCUCCUCCUCAUCCUCAUCUUCCUCCUCUCUCCCCGAGUCGUGGACUCGUUCCGAGUCGACUCGGUUGCAGCUCUUCGUGAGGAUGAUGUCAGGAGGCAAAACAAUCGUGAUCCACGCGGACAGAAACGACACCGUCGAGCAUCUCCACCACAGAAUCCAGCUGAAGACUCAGAUUCCCGUCACGGAGCAGCGCGUUAUCUACAAAGGCAAGCAGUUACAGUUCGAACACACCUUAAACCACUACUCCAUCGAGCAGGACUCUUCCUUACACCUCGUCGGCCGUAUGCAAAGCACAGAGUAUCCAGUAGCUUGCCAGACCGUAGAUGAGAUCAUGUCCACCAUCUCGCGGAUGCACAGAGGCGAGAAUCUCUACGGAGGCCGCACCAACAUCAACGACAAGCUCGUCAAGUUCUUCGCGAGGAUUCCCGCUGAGAGCAACCGUUCCGCCGCCAAGUAUCUGAAGAUAUUCUCCAACUCUUCGGUUCCAGCUGCGCUGGUGAUGCUCUUCGUCUCUCCUCUAGAGAUCAACAAAGCCUGCGGGAAGAGUUCGAUCAAGCUCUUCUUGAACAGCUGCGUGGCGUUGCCGGUUCAUCAGCAGAACAGUUGUUUGCCCGUUGUGUUGGAGUUCUGUAGAUUGCUUAGGGGAGCUUGUCCCGACAACAAGCUUUACGCGUCUUGUCGGAACACCUUGGGGUCGAUGCUUGAUUUGGUGUGUAAAUCCGAUGAGUUUCAGUUCAGAUUGUUUACGAUCGGGGAGGAGAUCUACCCGUGCGUGACCGAGUUAGCUGAUAUUAUUGUGAGAGAGUUGGUAGAGAACACAGGGCCUAGCUUGUCUGAAGUUCAGAAAUUUUCUUCCUUUUGGCAGCCCUUGAAACGUGCCGUUACAGCUCAGCUUCCCUGCUUGUUCCCCGUCGCUAUGCCUCUGCGGAACACUGUGAUGGAAGCGGAGAUCGGGAAGCUUUAUCAGAUAUUCAGAAGGUUAAUGACUGUAAUGGACAUUUGUAUGACUAGAAUCGAAUCUUCGUUGGGUAACAGAGGAGUUGCCAACACGGAAGCUAUGUCUGCGACUUGGUCUCAGUAUCUCGCUGUUCUCAAGAUUGUGGAUUCGAUGUGUGAGCUUUAUCAAGGCGCUAAGGAACAGCUAGCUAGUCUCUUAAACGCCAGGAAGGUUUCGUUCAGCGCCCUCGUUUUGAAAUUCGCGAAAAGAGGGGAUGAUGAUCACCAGUGGAUCUUUGACUACAAGGAAGCUACGACCUUCGAAUCCAGGAGGCAUUUAGCGAUGCUCCUGUUCCCCGACGUGAAAGAAGACUACGACGAGAUGCACGAGAUGCUUAUUGAUCGGUCCAAUCUGUUUGCUGAAUCGUUUGAGUACAUAUCCGGCGCGACCCCAGGGUCGCUUCAUAGUGGACUGUUUAUGGAGUUCAAGAAUGAGGAAGCUACAGGUCCUGGUGUGUUGAGAGAAUGGUUCUAUUUGGUGUGUCAGGAGAUAUUCAAUCCCCGAAAUGCCCUCUUCCUUCGAUCUGCUGAUGAUUUCAGAAGAUUCUCUCCUAAUCCAGCAUCUAAGGUGGAUCCAUUACAUCUCAGUUACUUCGAGUUCACUGGUCGUGUGAUUGCUUUAGCUUUGAUGCAUAAAGUCCAAGUAGGUGUGCUGUUCGACCGUGUAUUCUUCUCACAGUUAGCCCACCCGGAAAUAAGUUUGGAAGACAUCAAGGACACGGAUCGAGUCAUGUACAACAGCUGCAAACAGAUCCUAGAGAUGGAUCCAGCGUUCUUCGACUCAAACGCCGGUUUUGGUCUAACGUUUGAGCUGGAAACGGAGGAGCUGGGGAAAAGAGAAACGGUGGAGCUGCUUCCUGAGGGGAAGUCCAUUGCUGUUAACAGCGAGAACAGGGAACAAUACGUUAAACUCCUAAUCAAGCAACGAUUUGCCGCGUCGAUCUCCCAGCAUGUAGAGAGAUUCUCCAAGGGCUUCUCUGAUAUACUUUCUGACUCUGUACCUGCCUUUUUUAAACGAAUAUACUUAGAGGAUUUCGAUGGGAUGCUUCGAGGAGGGGAGAACCCUAUAAGCAUAGAUGAUUGGAAGGCUCAUACAGAGUAUAAUGGGUUCAGAGAGACUGACAGACAAAUAGACUGGUUCUGGAAGAUUAUGAAGAAAAUGACGGAAGAAGAAAGGAGGAGCGUACUCUUCUUUUGGACAUCGACUAAGUUUAUACCAGUGGAGGGGUUUAGAGGGUUAUCAUCGAAGCUUUACAUCUAUAGGUUACAUGAAGCUAAUGAUCGUCUUCCAACGUCUCAUACUUGCUUUUACCGUCUCUGCUUACCAAAAUACCCGACGAUGGGUCUCAUGGAACAACGUCUUCGAUUCAUCGCUCAAGAUCAUGUCAGCUCCAGUUUCGGUAAAUGGUGAAACAGAAUUAUCAAAGUAAUCUUGUCUAUAUCUCUCGCUGAUCUUUAGGUUUGUAGAUUGGUGCGUUUGGUGUGUAGCUAGAUUUAGCUGUGGUCAAGCUCUGUUUAUGACCGGGAGUGAAAGGUGAAACCUUUCUUAAUUUGUGUGUUCUAUAACUAAUGUAUAAAUUAAUUUAAUUUGGAAACUUAUGCUAAGGGAAAAAAAUCUGU